GCUUCCUCCUUCAGCUUGGUAGCUGAAAGUAGACCAUCAUGGCGGACCCGAAGAGAUAUACAGAUGACUGUGUUCUAGGGCCUUUCUUAGUCAAGCCACAGAAGAGUCAGUCGCAGGUAUUCUCUUCCGCUUUGUGGACCCCUCUCCUCUUUCUUCUCGUGGGAUUAAGAGCCUCUGGAGAGGACUCAGUCCCAAUAGAGGUGGCGGGAACCCUGGAGGGGUUCGUGACUUUCCCCCUCACUAUCGCGGUGGACACAGAGAUUGAACACGUUGUAUGGACUGGUCCCCAAAAUGCCAUUGCUUUAGCACACCCAGGAGGAAUUACCAUUUUGGACAGAAGCUACCAGAGCCGACUAAACAUCUCCAGCAAGAGCUACUCUAUGCAACUGAGCAAACUGACCCUGAGGGAUGAGGGGCACUACCGAGCUCAGAUAAACACAAAGAACUCUAAUAGCACCACUGAAAAGACAUUCAUCCUGCACGUCUACGAGCAGCUGCAGGAGCCCAGAGUCACGGUGGAGCACACGGUGUCUGAGAGCACCUCCUGUAACCUCACCCUGGUGUGCUCCAUGGAGAGGGAAAGGAAAAGCGUUCUGUACAGCUGGACCAUGGUAGGCACCCAUGCUUCUGAGUCCUUUGAGGGCUCCACUCUCACCAUCUCCUGGAUGCCCUGUGAUCCAGAUGUGGCAUACACCUGCAUAGCCAAGAACCCUGUCAGCCAGAUCAGCUCUCACCCUGUCCAUGUCCCGCAGUUCUGUGCAGAUCCAGGAGCCUCCAGAGGAGGAACAAUGGGGGAGACAGUGGUAGGGAUGCUGGGGGAAUCGGUCACCCUGCCCCUGGUAGUCCUGACCAGUCAGGACAUAGAGAAAGUUGUCUGGAUGUUUAACACAUCCAUUAUCAGCAAAGAGCGGGGAGAAGCAGCAACAGCAGGCCCGCUCAUUAAGUCCAAGGAACCUGGCAAGGACAGGGUGCAGGUCUCCAGCCAGGACUAUGCCCUGAAGAUCAGCCAGCUGAAGAUGGAAGAUGCUGGCCCCUACAAUGCCUACAUGUGCUCAGGGGCCCGCAGAGUCAUGAGCACAAAGCACUUCACCCUGCACGUCUACCGGAGGCUGAAGAAGCCAGAAAUCACCUGGAGCUCUGGGCCCCCUGAGGACAGCAUCUGCAGAGUCACCCUGAUGUGCUCGGUGGAGGACAGUGGCGAUGAUGUAACAUACAGAUGGACUUUCUUGCAAAAGGGAGCUGUUGUGGCCCAAGGGGGGUCGCUUCUCAAUGUCUCCUGGAGUGGCAGCGAAUAUUACCCCAGCUUCACAUGCACAGCCAUGAACCCCGUCAGCAACAGUUCCCGGCAGCUUUUUCCUGGGAAUAUCUGUCCAGAGCCUUCGAGAAGCAUAAAGACUUGGAUUAUAGUCCUCCUGAUAAUUUCUACCCUUCUAUGCUUUGGAAUCUCCACCUGGUGCAUUUGGAAGCAAAAAAGACAGUGUGGGUUUGCUGAGACCGAUGGUUCAGCUCCAGCCCUCAGUGACAGCCAAGGUGAGGUUCCAGCUGAAACAUCAGAACCCACUGUUAGCCACAAUCUAUUCACCAUGCUUUCCCAAGGGUAUAAGAAGCUGGACCCUUUCCCUAAGACUGCCAGGCAAUGGCCCAGGACCACCUCAGACAACAGCUUUGACAGCAGCUUAACAACUGAGGAGGAUAAAGAGAGGACCGAGAUGCAGGAGGUUGUCAGUGGAAGGGACGCGAUAUAUGACUUGACCAUUCAGGAGGACAUGGCCUCCAAGGGGCAGGCAGAAUAUGAUCUCAUCACUCCAAGCAACGUGGUACCUGACCCCAUAGUUGAAGGGAAUACAGUGUAUACACAAGUGUUCUUCAGAUCGCGGGAAAAGGCUCCAGUUCUUCAGAAGAAAGACAGUUCAAACACAGUGUACUGCUCUAUACAGAAAUCCCAGCUGCCGAGACCACCACCACAACAGAAUGAUGAGUUUCCUGAAAUCUCUACCUAUGAAAAUUUCUCCUGAAAGGAAAAGCAGCUGCUACAUCUCUUCUAAAGUUGGAGAAGCAGCUGGACCUCCUAGGAACGGGGAAUCCUGUGGACAGAAUAUUUGAGAAUUUCCCUCUGUGUCUCAGACAUUCCUGGGUUUAUCUCCCCCUUCUCCUCACCUCAUAUGGCUUGCUGAGCCUUUUAAUAGAUCAGACCUAGGCUCCUUCUUGGAGCCCAUGGGCUUCAGAUGUCAUUGUUCCACUUGUUUCCUUGCAUUUUCAUAUUGUUUCCUCCUUUCAACUCAGAUACACCACCUCAAAUUCCUCCAAGGGGACCUGGACUGACCAUCCUUCAUACCUUUUUCUAAACAGUUGCUCAAAUGAAGCCUACAGAUAUUCUCACACAGUUGAACAAAUGCCUAUGUAAAAUGAUACUAGUUGCAGCAUUAUUUGAAAUAAAAGGCUGGAAACAACCUAAAUGUCCACUAGUGGAAGUCCAGUUAAAUACAUGAUGGUGCAUCCAUGCAAUAGCCAACCCUGCCACUUUCAUAAAGAAAGGGAAGACUAAACCAAAAGCAAAGUAGUUUGCUGAAUACACUGAACACUUCAAAGGCCAGUGUAGCAGGGGUAGGGGUUUAGGGGCCAUGGUUUCAGGCAACAUCUAAGUCAAUUGGCAUAACAAAAUCUAUUAAGAAAACAUUCUGCAUCCUACUUUGGUGAGUGGCAUCUGGGGUCUUAACCACUAGCAAGCAGCCAUCUAAGUUGCUUCAAUUCGUCUCAACCCACCUGGAGCAAAGGAGACUGAAGAACACCAAAGAUACAAGGUAAUUAUAAGCCCAAGAGAAAGAAAGGACCACAUAAACCAGAGACUACGUCAGCCUGAGACCAGAAGAACUAGAUGGUGCCCAGCUACAACCGAUGACUGCCCUGACAGGGAACACAACAGAGAACCCCUGAAGGAGCAAGAGAGCAGUGGAAUGCAGACCUCAAAUUCUUGUAAAAAGACCAGACUUGAUGGUCUGACUGAGGCUAGAAGGACCCUGGAGGUCAGGGUCCCUAGACCUUCUGUUAGCCCAAGACAGGAACCAUUCCCAACGCCAACUUUGGGAUAGAAAAUGAUACUGAUGAAGAGUGAGCUUCUUGGAUCAAGUAGACCCAUGAGACUAUGCAGGCAGCUCCUGGCUGGAUGGGAGAUGAGAGAGCAGAGGGGGUCAGAAGCUGGUUGAAUGGACAUGAAAACAGAGUGGAGGGAAGGACUGUGCUGUCUCAUUAGGGGGAGAGCAACUAGGGGUAUGUGUUAGGUGCCGUCGAGUCAGUUCUGACUCAUAGCGACCCUGUGCACAGCAGAACAAAACACUGCCUGGUCCUGCGCCAUCCUUAUAAUCAUUGUCAUGCUUGAGCUCACUGUUGCAGUCACUGUGUCAAUCCACCUCAUUGAGGGUCUUCCUCUUUUCCGCUGACCCAGUACUCUGCCAAGCAUGAUGUCCUUCUCCAGGGACUGAUCCCUCCUGACAACAUGUCCAAAGUAUGUAAGACGCAGUCUCGCCAUCCUUGCCUCUAAGAAGCAUUCUGGCAGCACUUCUUCCAAGACAGAUUUGUUCGUUCUUUUGGCAGUCCAUGGUAUAUUCAAUAUUCUUUGCCAACGCCACAAUUCAAAGGUGUCAGCUCUCGUUUGGUCUUAUUCAUGGUCCAGCUUUCACAUGCAUGGAGUAUAUAGCAAGGUGUAUAUAAAUUUUUGUAUGAAAGACUGACUUGAUUUGUAAACUUUCACUUAAAGCACAAUAAAAAUUAAAAAAAAAAAAAAGGGAA